AUGGGACUUCCGGAGGGGAACGAGCGCAGACGUUUCCAUGGAACCAAGAGAGCCUGCAACCUCGGUGACAAGGGUUCUACGAUGCUUUGCUCCCUGCCAGAAUGUUCCCUCUGUGGAAUAAUCAAGACAUCCUUUAAGCUCUCGUUAGCUGGCACCGCCCAUCCAUGGCGUAGAAAAGCUGGAAGAUUUGGAGCCGGAAUAUACACAUCUGCGACGUCGUCCAAAUCGAACGAUUACUGCAAGAACUUACCUUCUGCACGUUCCACAUGCAAGGCCAUGCUUCUCACUAAGGUGGUGGCUGGAAAUGGAGAGAAACUGACAAAGACAGAUGCACGCCGGACGGGACCUUCACCCGGUUACGAUAGCGUACCUCGUUUGCUUCCGUUCAGGUACUUGAAUUACGACGAGCUAGUAGUCUAUGACGAACAUGCUGCCAUACCAGCUUACCUCAUCAUGUACGAAUCGAAGACGUGA